AUGCAACUACCGAGUGAUUCAGAAAAGCCAGCUCCAAAGAAACAAAGAAUAUCGAACGAUGAUUUGUACCGAAAUUCUACCCAGUAUGGAAUAUGGUCUUUUACACAUGAAGAGCUCGCGAGAGCGAAAUCCAAUGCAAAUCAACUGGGGGUAAAAGCAGCUAAGGAAAGGUUUCAAAAAGCUUAUGAUAAGGCCAAGAGUGAUAAUCCCGAUGCAUUUGCCAAGUUUCCAAAUGAUCUUAACGAAGAGAUGAUUAGCUUAUUGAACCUAGAGGAAGAAACCACAUAUCUUGAAUUUUAUAUCCAAAAUAUCACCACAACAUGUAAUUUUUUCAAGAUGCCUACACAGGUAAGGCUAACUGCAGCUUCAUUUUUCAAAAAGUUUUACUUGGCCAACUCAGUAAUGCAUUACCAUCCUAAGAAUAUACUAUACACCUGCAUUUUCUUAGCCGCAAAGUCAGAAAAUUACUUUAUUUCGAUAGAGUCGUAUGUGAAAGCACUCAAGGGUGUUCAAACACUGGAUAUAUUGGGCUUGGAGUUUAUUGUGUUACAAAGCCUAAAAUUUACGUUGUUGGUGCAUCACCCUUUUCGACCAUUACACGGCUUUUUUCUUGAUUUCCAAGCUGUUUUGUUGCAUCCAAGUCCUGCCAUGUAUGAUGUAUCAGCCGAUACCAUUGGAAAUUUAUACAAUAAGGCUAAAGAGUGGUUGAAUAAGUAUUAUAUGUUUAGUGAUGUUGCUUUCUUGUUCACUCCACCACAAAUAGCUUUGGCGGCAAUGUAUGACUGCGACCGAAGAAUCACUGAUCGAUAUUUGAAAAGAAAGUUUUUAAAAGACGACAACGAGGAUGAAAAUGUUGGAGACCAGAAGGAUGCACAAGAAGAAAAGAAGCAAGAUGAUGUGGAGACGCAAGAUACAGAAAGCGUGGUGGAUGCAAAACUUGGAGCUGAAACAGAAGCUGAAAAUGGUUCUUUAUCUAAGCAUAUGCACAAGCGGGAACAAUACGAAUCAUUGGUUCGUACGAUACGGAAAUGCGCCAAACUAGCCAAAAAUUUACCAGUAGCUGAUCGAGAGAAAAGCAAGGAGAUCGAUAAAAAAUGUUUCUUUGCCUUGAAUCCAAAGAAGUUGAUUGACAAGCGUAUCAAAAGAAUAACAUCAGCAACUACGUAG